CGCCGCCCUCCUGCUCCGGGCCUGCCUGCUGCUCCCCCCCGCGGACGCCUACAUCCACGCGGUGACGGAUCACAACUCCAGCAUGGACUUCUCGGACCUGCCCGCCCUCUUCGGGGCCCUGCUGCCCAGGGAAGGACUUGUGGGCUACCUGGUGGAGGCCAGGCCCAGCAACGCCUGUCAGCCCAUCGAGGGCCCCCCUGACUCCAGCAACGCCACCCACUUCAUCGCCCUCAUCCGCAGAUACGAGUGCAACUUCGACAUCAAGGUGUGGCACGCGCAGCAGGCCGGGUUCGACGCCGCCGUGGUCCAUAACACGGACUCCGACAAACUGCUCAACAUGGCCUGGAAUGAUGAGAGGAUCCGGGAGCAAAUCGCCAUCCCGUCAGUCUUCGUGGGGGAGACGGCCGCCGACUACCUGCGCUCCCUCUUCAGCUAUGAGAAGGGCGCUCACGUUAUCCUGAUCCCCGAGUACAUCUUCCCGCUGGGUUAUUAUCUCAUCCCCUUCACCGGCGUGGUCGGUAUCAUCAUCGCCGUGAUGUGCACCAUCCUGAUCGUUCGCUGCGUGCAGCACCGGAAGAGGCUGCUGCGUAACCGGCUCUCCAGGGAGCAGCUGAAGAAAAUCCCCGUCCACAAGUACAAGAAAGGGGACGAGUAUGACGUCUGCGCCAUCUGUCUGGAUGAGUACGAGGAGGGCGACCGGCUGCGGAUCCUGCCCUGUGCCCACGCCUAUCACUGCCGGUGCGUGGACCCCUGGCUGACGCAGACCAAGAAGACCUGCCCGGUGUGUAAGCAGCGCGUGCUGCGGACGGCCGAGGACUCGGACUCAGAGGGCGAGGGGCACCCGCGGGGCGAGGAGGAGGAGGAGGAGGAGCAGCGCCAUUCGGAGCGGACCCCGCUGCUGGGCCCCUCCUCCGCCGCCGGCACCCCCUCCUUCGGCAGCAUGGCCGAGGCGCGGGGCCCGCCCUCUGGCGAGGAAGGCUCCGAGGAGGAGCAGGAGGGGUCCCUGGGUGCUCACAAGGGGCAUCCCCCUGAGGGCCGGGGGGGCAGCAUCCUUGUCUGA